AUGUUUGAAGUAAUAAAAAUCUCUCUCUCUCUUUUUAAACUUUCUUUCUUUUUCUCUCUCUUUUCUUUUUCUCUCUCCCUCUCUCUUUCCGUCUUUCUUUCUUUUAUGAACUUUCUUCAUACUAGUUACAUAAAUUCAAAAUGGUUUCCAUUUGUACCCAUUUCCUAUCUGUUUCUUUUAUUUAUCUCUCUCUCUCUCUCCCACUUCCUCGCUCUUCCCCCUCUCUGUUUUAACAUUAUUCUUCAUAAUAAUUAUAAUGAAGCUAAUUUCUUUAUCUCUUUCCCUUCUUUCUGUCUUGCUUAUCUUUCUACGUCUCAUCCCAGUUCUCUUUUGCCUGUGAACUUUCUUCAUAUUAAUUAUCCAAUAAUAUUCUAUCAAAAUAUUUUUCUUCUUACUCUCCUCGUAUCUUUCCUCGUUUCUCCACCACUUUCUCUCUUUCAUGUGCAUUUUCUUCUUAUCAAUUAUGGCAUAUCAAAAUUCUAUCUCCUCACACUUUCGGCUUUUGUCUGUCUAUCUCUCUGUCUGUUUCUCUCUCUUAGUUUAUCUGCCUUUCUCUCCCUGUCUUUCUGCUUCUCUUUUUCUCGUAUACCCCUCCACUUUCUCUUACGGUCUCAACUGGCCUUCUUACCUCUGUUCAGAGAUGCUUUCACUGCUCACCCUCAAAUCGUCUCCGUCCUAAUUUAUUACCCUUCGCUACAGCCGAGGAAUGUAGCUACAGGUUGCUUUCUUUCUAUCUAUAGUCUUACAAAAGACAGACGAGAGAUUCACGACCAGCGCAUCCAAUCGUCUCUCUUUCAACGUGUGUGUCUGUCUAUCUAUCUAUCUAUCUAUUCAUAUCAAUCUGUCACAAUUUAUACCCCGGCCUAUAAUCUGCUUCAUUUUUGGUUUAAUCUAUCUAUCUAUCUAUCUAUCUAUGUUCAUAGCUGUCUGAAGUUGCCUUUUUACAUCUAUCUAUCUAUCUAUCUAUCUAUCUAUCUAUCUAUCUAUCUAUCAGUGAAUGUCUUCUGUUAA